AGAAUAUCCGACGACCCGUAUCUAUUUCCCUUGUGAUAAUAGGUCAUCCCAUUAUCUCGUGGAUUCCACGUUUUGUUUGAACUUAUAAAUAAUAAUUAGUCUGUUACUUACAUUGUGUACUGAAUAAUUUUGUUUCCAAUACGAUUUUUAAUUUUUAACAGUUUAUGUAAAGGAUUUCGCUUCUCUCAUGAUUAAGGCGGAGGGCAGGGUGAUGGGACGCCGCUUUGUUCUAACCCUGGUGAUCGGAAUAUCCGCCGGCUUUAGUUUUGCGUACAUACUAUUAACAUCAGCCGGAUUCGCUCGCGAGGUAGCCUUGUCCAACUACAGGGAUUCUGCGAGGGACCUCGAAAAGCAUCCGAUACUAAGCGUCCAAGACCAUGGCAGUGAGGAGCCAGCGCACAGAGACGAGGACCGAUCGAUGGCUGACGAGCUCGCCAAGCGCGUCCGCGUGCUGUGCUGGGUCAUGACCCAACCCAGCAACCAUAAGAAGAAAGCACAGCACGUCAAGGCUACGUGGGGAAAGCGGUGUAACAAACUGAUAUUCAUGAGCACUGUUGAUGAUAGUUCGUUGCCGGCGGUAAAGCUGCCAGUGUCCGAAGGGCGGGACUACCUGUGGGCGAAGACCAAGGCAGCCUUCCGGUACGUCUAUGAGCAUCACAGGAGAGAGGCCGACUGGUUCCUGAAGGCGGAUGAUGACACGUAUGUGAUAGUAGAAAACCUUAGAUACAUGCUCGCCGAGCACGACAGCAAAGAGCCGAUAUACUUCGGCUGUCGGUUCAAGCCUUUCACUGCGCAGGGCUACAUGAGCGGUGGUGCGGGGUACGUGCUGAGUCGCGAAGCGCUGGACCGUUUCGUCAACAAGGGCCUGCCGUCGCCACAUCUCUGCAAGGCGAGCGACCACGGCGCGGAGGACGCCGAGAUGGGUAUAUGCCUGCAGCACAUCGGCGUGAAGGCGAUGGACUCGCGCGACGCCCUGCAUCGCGGCCGGUUCUUCCCCUUCGUGCCCAAGGACCACCUGUUCCCCAACAAGGACGGCGGCUUCUGGUACUGGAAGUACAUAUACUACCCCACUGACGAGGGUCUUGACUGUUGCUCCGACCACGCGGUGUCGUUCCACUACGUGGACCCUGAACAGAUGUACGUACUGGACUACCUCAUCUAUCAUCUCCGCCCCUACGGCAUCCGGUACGGCGGGGACGUGCUGCCUGCCAUCGCCAACUCCACCACCCUCUAGCGACUCAGCGUUCCGGUACGAUGACACGUACAAACCAGUCAGUAUGGAUUGAAUAGACAUAGAGAGUUCAGAUACGAUGAUGUAUACAAACCAGUUAGUAUGGAUAGAAUAGCCACAGCGUUCCGGUACGAUGCCAAGUUAAACCACUAAAGAUUUUGUAUUGAAUAUUGCAUGAUCACUUAACAAAUAUAGGCCUUAGAUGUGCACUACGAAGACAAACAGACAUUAUCGACCAAUAGCGGUGGAUUGAGAAUAUCGCUCUCUCUUUCGUAUCAACGCAACUUAAAAGAGCACGGACGUGUUGCUUAGGGCGCGGACUCCUUUAAAGAUCCGAAUUAGAAACGACCUUCACCCAUCUGUGUAAUGGUUGAAAAGUGUUCUAUAUCAAAAUUAGGAUGCUAUAAAAUGCUAUGUUAUCUCAAAAACCUCUGGCCAAAUUAUCAUUAUUUAUAGUUAAUAACAGUUUGGCCAGGAAUGUUUUAGGCAACCUACCUCAAUAUACGAGUAUUGAUUAACGUACUAAAUUUGAUAUAAAACAAUUUCCAUACAAUAAACAAGUAGGUGAUGGUCAUUUCUAAUACGGAUCUUAGACCAUUAAGCUUAAAAUGUGCGCAACGACAUAUCUCGUGAAGAAAAAAUCCAUUGUCGACCAAUAGCAGCCACACCGAAAACAUCGUUAUGCGAUGGAACGAAAGAAAGAGAUUUUCGAUCCGUCGCUAUUGGUCGAUAAUAAGACAUUUUGUCUUGGGACUGGGUUCCUUGGAAGGUUAAGCCAAUGGUUAGAGUUUUGUUAUCGUCAAAGCGUCAAAAUUAGUAUUGGAGGCUUAAAACUGAAAGUGAGAUUGCUCUCUUAAAGGAAUUUGUAUAUAUUGACAGACAUGUACGACGGUAUUGCGAACUUACCAAAAAUAAUAGAUUUAAUAAUAUAGAUAAUAGUCAGUUUGUAUAUAUACCGAUUGCCCCAAACAGUUUUGUCUUUAACACGUUCGCUGCGGCACUGAUUUUUCUGCACUUUACUCUGGUGCGUUACGAGGUUUUCUGACUUCAUACUAAAACUUUAUGUGGUGUGGUACGAGGUCCAACUCUUGAAGAUAAUAGACUUACGAGGUCAACUGACCUCGUACCGCAGCGAACGUGUUAAGUCCAUAAAACUAUGACAUUAUCGAGAAAUUCAUACAAGCAUUCCAACUAACUACAAUUUUCACAACUGGUGUACACUUUUUGACAAUUUUUUUUAGUAGAUAUAAUGUAAACAAAUAAUUCCAAGUUUAAAUUGCAUUUAUUUUAAUUUAGCAAAAUAAAGUUAUUAAUAACUUUUGGGAAAUAACUCCCACUUAUGUCUACUAAAGAUUUUGGAAUUUAAGUUGUAAAAACAAAUGUUUUACCCAAAGUUGUAUGCAUAAUUAUAACUAAUAUGGCUACUUAUACAUAUAAAGAUUAUAUUAUACGCUUGUCUAUACUAAUAUUAUAAAAAGGAAAACUUUGUUUGUAUAUUUGUUUGUAAUGAAAAGGCUCAAAAACUACUGGACCGAUUUUAAAAAUUUUUUCACCAUUCGAAAGCUACAUUAUCUACAAAAAACAAAGUGAAAUUGUACUGAGUGACAUGCACUCAUUCAUAGACACCAUACAAGUAGUGUGUGAGUGUACAAACUUUAGAGUUACAGCAUAUAUCUAGAAAAGGUGUAAUGAUAGAAAGAUGAGACGGGUUGUAUAUUAGCUAAAGUCCGGCUGCUCAGAAAUUGCUUUUCUGACACCUGACAAUGUCUUGUCAGUUGAUUUAUUGUUUAUAAUUUUAGUUCAUACGUUUUUACCAACAUAAUACGUUUUUUGUAAGUUGCCAUAAUUAUACACUUUUUUAUAAUUAUUACUCGUUACUAAGAUUAAUUAAAGAUAUUUAAAUAUCUCGUUGAUAUUGACAGGUGUCAGAAACGCAAUCUCUGAGCGGCCGGACUUUAAGUAAUAACUUUUUUUGAGACAUUGAGUCUAUUUUUUAUUCUAUUCAACUUACUGAAUAACUAUUUAUUUCUGUUUAUGUCGAGGUAUAUUCUUAAUAUAUCAUAAUAAUUUUAAUAAUAUAACAUUAUUAAAAUGGCAAAAAUAGUCAUUUUGCGUUAAUUACCAAAGAGUGUAAACCAAUUUCGAAUAGAUAUAAAUACACAAUUUUAUGAUGAUAGAUAUUGCUUUGAUUGUGUUAGUAUGUUGUACAGGAUUACUGUGUUUGUGUGUGUAAACCAAGUAUUAACAAAGCAGAAGUGUUAAAAUGCAUUUCUUAAAUUUUGUUUCUAUUUAUUUAAAUCAUCAAAACCUGUUUACUAACACACCGUUGCAUAGCAACCAAUCACAGGCAGAUGAUAGUUUAAAAAAAUAUGUUUUUUAUUUGCUAAAGCUUCUAUAAUAUCAUAAAGUUCAUAAACACAUCUAUCUGCAAAGCUUACUAACACAAGCUAAGACUAAGGAGGAAUUAAUCUUUGAAUAGAAAUAUAAGAUGAAUAGAAUUUUCAGUCGCAACAUUCCUUAAACUGUUUCAUACAAGUAAACAUGAAAAUGUGAAAGGUAUAUAUUAAGUAAUUAUAAGCAAUCCUCUGGAGUCCUCUUCCGUGUAGUACAGAGCUGCGAGUGUGAUGGAGGGAAGAGAGGUACUGGUAAUAUGCACGCCUGUUAUUUUUUUUUAAAUGUUUAAUGCUCUUGACUAUAUAGUCCCUCAGACCAACUAUUGUAUAGGACCUGCCUCGCUAGGUGUUACUUUUCUGUUAAAGUAUAUGAUCAAUGAUCUAAUGCGAUUAUAAAAGCUGUCUCUAUAGUAUCGAUGUUAAAUAGUUGUAAUCGUGUUCGUCGGUUAAAGAUCUCCGUAAAAAUACCUUUUUAUGUAGUUCAAUGGUGUAAAAAACGGACAAAACUUCUAGUUUAGUAUAAGAUAUAUACCAAAUCUAAGCUCGUUUUCCUCAGAAAAUGGCAGACAACUUUGUUUGUGACUAAGAGUGCGAUACAGGUCCUUCUAUAAUUGAUCUGAGACAUAGUCCGGUCAAUUUAGACAUUCGAAGCUACAUAAAUUCCCACCACAAAUUAAUGAAUAACAUUCUCUGUCUAACACGAUACUAUAAAUAGAGAUGAAUUCGAGGCUCACUCUGUUAAAUAAAAAAAAAUGUUAUAAAAUUGUCUGUACUACUCGGCCGAGAACUGAGAUGUAAGGUUUUCAUAUACUGGCUCCUCGGGAACAUUUCUCAUAGCUCUAGGGCUAUAUUCUUUAAGAAAAAAUGAAUAUAAAUAUUAUUUUAGAACACAUGUUCCUCAAAAUGUGUAAGGAACAUGUGUUCUAAAAUGAAUAUUUUCGGAGUAAAAAAUAUUUCUUUUGUUAAUAGAUCUUAAAAUAUGUACCAUAAACGCAUCCUUAUAAUUACUACGUAGUCAAGUAUGGCAUAUUUUAAAAAUGCAACGAUAGAUAAAGGCGUGUUUUACAUGGAUAGUCGGAAUUAUUUGAAUUACUUUGUAUGAAAUAAUAAAAAAAAUAAUUUAAUUA